AUGACCUUCGACGAGGACUUCCUCGACGAGUUCUGCAGGCACCAGAGGCUGCUCCUGCGCCACCCACAAUCCAGCAGCGAAUCAAGUCCACAGCGCCAAGAGACAAGACUUCCUGCCAAACAGAAACAGCUGCGGGCGACUGCGUCCACUCGAGCCACAGCUGGACCACGGGCCGCUUGCAACCUGACAUCCUGCAGCCGGCACAGCCGCCACGCUUCUAGUCAGGAGCCACACAGCCUCCCGGAACUACCCAGCAUGAAGCAGCGGCGCGAGGAAAUGGAGAUUGCAGAAUUCUACAGACGGCAGAAGCAGGAGAAGGUGGACAAGGCAGGCGUGGUGCGGCUGUACGAGCAGGAGUGCGAUAUGAGUCUGGCGAAGCUGAUGAGGGCUGAGGCGGCCAAGGAGCGCCAGCGCAGGAAACACCUACUGCGGGCGGCGCGGGUUGACAUACUGGGUACGUCCAGCGACCACGUCACUGAGGCCUUAGAGCGACGCAUCUCCAAGGCGGGCGUCCCACUGAGGUCCAAUGUCCCCCUCACUACCAGCAUGUGUCCCUGCUGAACUCACCGCUUCUCGUCAAUCCAUCUGAGUGUAGUUCGGGAAGUAAUCGAACCUGAAUGUCACUGUUGAAGACAAUGUAUCUGAUAAAUGGAACUUGAAAGCAGUGGUGAUGGAAAUCAGGAUGUGUCACAGUUUGCAAAUUAUGAAAAUUCUUGGGUAUCUUUUGUUAAAUGAUGAAUACAUUAAAAAAAUAGCGUAUUUUUGAGGAAAAAAA